ACUUUCGCAAGUGGAUCUAUUCUGAUCAUGGUGUUUCACCCUAAAACACUGAAAAUGGCUUGUUGGUCUGGAGAGAUCCUUACAGCUCCAAUAGUGACCAUUUCUACCAUAGUGACAUGUUGUGUUGCCCUGGAAUUAACGGUCAUGUACGGGGCGAUGUUCUACAAGGCUGUAGAGCACCAACGGAACUUGUCCAUUGGCUACUUCAAUAAGAACAAAGAUUUGAGCAUAUUUGACAUCAAAGCCUUAAAGACGUGUAGUGUUGUUCUAGGAGCUUUCCUUGUCACGUGGAUCCCGCCUUUAUCCAUGUUCAAUAUAAUCGCCUACUCAUCCAGCCCCUUGGACUAUGACCUGGCACUGUCGGCAUGUUUGGUGUUCCCGGUCGUCAACACUGCCGUGGAUCCUGUGGUGUACGCCAUCAUGCGGAAGGACAUCAAGAAAGGCAUAUAUAGGCUGUUUAGGAGGCCAGAAAGGCAGCCAUCCACCAUUGAGCAGUGUGAGUGAAGCACUGAAGGAGGCAAUUAUAGGUUGCUUCAAAAGACCAGAAAGUCAACGAUCAACUGUUGAACAGUGUCAGUGAAGCAUCAAAAUGUAAUUGAUAGGCUGUUCAGUAGAUCAGUCAGGCAACCAACCACCCUUGAACAGUGUGAGCAAAGCAUCAAGAAGGCAAUUAAAGGCUGGCUGAACAAGAAACCAGAAAGGCGGACAGACACCAUGGAACAAUGUGGGUGAAGCAUGGAAGAAGGCAUUUACAGGCUGUUCAGGACACCUGAAAGGCAGUCAUGAUUUUGAAGUAUGAAUGAAACAUGAAGUAUGUAUGAAAGACCUAUGAUUAGAUCUAACUACUACCUUCAUCAUUUUAAUUUGAAAACUU